CUAUUAUCACACAGUCGAUAGUUGGCUUCUCGAUUAACUGCAAUUGACGUCCAUCUACAUCCUUUUCUGACCCUACUCCUGGUUCUGAUGGCCAAGGAGACAAGCAGAUUUAUGCAUAAAUAUUCAGAGUGACAAGAAACUACAAGACUGCAUGAUAAAUGGGAUGACUUCAACUUUCCAAUAGUCGAGCAAUAUUCCAGCAGCUCGAGCCUUUGGUGUCUACUUUUGAGGUGAACAACUGACUUGCAUGCGUUUGUGACGGGUGCCAUCUGUGGGGCAGGAUACCCUCACCUCGCGAACAUCUGGUAUCUCCACUAACUGAUAGCAAUUCGUGAACACGUGCUUUUGAUAUAGUCAGAAUCGUCCAAUGGACUGGCUUAGCAGAUAUGUCUUGUGAUUAUGGAAAUGGUUUUGUGCUUGUGUUUGCUAAGUUAUAAGAUUAUAGCACAAGUGUUUUGUUUCUGAUAUAAUUUCGCGAAUAUCUGUGUAAAAUGUCUUUUGCUUUGUUCCUAAGUUUGUAAUAUUCUUUUUAGAGUAUUCCUUUCCAAUUUCACUUUUUACAACUCGACACUGGGCCAAGGGUUUUGUUAUAAUGUGUGUUUUUAACCUUAUAUGCUUGUCGUGAAGUUAUAAAUUGUUAUUCUUUUAAUGUUCAAUGACAUUAUCUUGUGAUUUCCAAAACAUAUGGGGGGCACGGUUGGUCCAGUCAUCUUAGGCGCCUCUGUUAUAGCUGUGCAGAGUUCCGUUCCUUGGGGACGCCAGAAACCUAUGAUUGUGGGUUUGAAUCCCGGUUUGCGCUGAUUAUGUUUUUAGUUUUGUCAGCACCAUACCCGUGCUCGUGGGCUUCACCGAAGUGGUAAACGUCAGAGACCUGCAUCACUUCGGGCUUUCCUCCCACAUUAAGCUGACAUGCCGUGAUAUAAUUGGAAUACUGUAAAAAGCGGCGUUAAACCCAAAUCACUCACUAAUAGGUAAGUUCAAACUGCAUCACUUUAGUCUUUCCUCUUACAUCAAGCUGACGUGUGAUAUCACUGACUUAUACCAAACUAAUUCACUGAGUGAUAUGUUUAAGUACCAUAAUUCAAGUAAAAUUAGAAGAGUUGUAUUAAAUAUAAAUAUAUUUAUAAAACGUAUCAUCUUUAUGUUUUCAUUGAUCUAAAGCCCAGCCAUAAUCAUAAGAGUCUUAAAAGUGACAAGAAAGACACAUAUUAAAUGGUCCACUUUGGGGUGGCUCUGCGUGUGCAUUGCUUUGUUGUGUCGUGUGGCAAUCGGCAAUGUGCCACAUAUAUAUAUACUUGCGAGUGUGACAGACAAACCAGUGAUUCAUAUUAUGAACCACGGCCAAAGUAUAAGGGGCAAGGUGACAUGCAAUCAAACUAUAAACGAACGUGAUCCAUUUAGUCGGCUGUUACGAAACGUCAUUGGAUACUGGGGUCUGGUCGAAACCAGAAUAUUUGUAGACAAAGCAAUUCGAUGGUAAGCACGAUAUUUCCUCGCAAAUAUAGUAGUUGUUAAGCCUGUUAUUCAUAUCACGCCAGCAAGUGAUAGAUAUACGACAUUAUUACAAUAUUCUCUGCUAUAAAUUGUGCGCGGUGUAUGUAUAAAUACCGUAUUCAAUUAAAAGUAAAUAUAGGAAAAUUGCCAGAUAUGUCCUCUCUUGCAGCUACAAGUGACAUUAAUAUGUCAGUCAAUAAAUAAUCAUCUAUGUUUGUGAAAUCAUGAUCAUGUUUGUGCGUGUGGAUUAAGUGUAGACAACCUGUAUUGAAGGAUAUCAGGAAAAAAAUCAUUCAUGGCAAUCAAUCAUCAGUUACAUAAGGAACUACGGUACACUGGCUGUACACUCGAGACUUCGCAUUGUUUUCAUACAUUUGUGGCUAUCACUUCAAUAACCGACAUACCAGUUUCACGCAAACAGUGCGCUGGUAGAGGUUGCAAAGAAACUUGCACUGAGAGGUGAGAGGCCAACAUCAAAGCAUCUACAAAUUCAGUUGUCGAUUAACGAUUUAUUAUCAUAAUUGAUAAAUUUGUGUCGUAUGUUCGCAAACUAAACAAUACUUUAGCCAUGUGCCAUGUGUAACUCGUAGAGGUGAGUGCGUGGAUGCAUAAUUGUGUGCAUCUAUGAAUGGCUGUGGACGUGUGUAUUCGCUACCUUUUGUCGAUGUCUGCUCGUUAAUUUGAUUACAUGUGUGUGUGGUGUAUGUUCGUACAUGCAUGCGUCUGUGUGGAUGUGUGCGUGUGUGCUUAGGCCCUUUUGUCAACAUGCCUGCUACUUCAUUUGCUUACAUGUCUGUUCCUUUCCUAUUGCAGAUCUAAACAGAAACAAUCUGUUUCAAUAUAGUUAUAUUACAACAUGUUCAAAAGAAUAUACAGAGUUCUGGCAGGUGUGAAAUGUUUGAGAGUUUGUCAGCUCCUCAUCAUUGUCAUUAACAUGGUGUGCUAUGUUUCGUACUUCUUCUAUGUCAGUGAAGCUAUGUGUCGCGUUGGCUCUCCAACCUGUUGUGCAACUGAAGAACUACAGAAAAAUAUUAUGGGAGAUGUUUCUGCUAAUCAGCCCACCUCCAUCGUUGAAGAUAUUCUGUUUCCAGUAAACAGUGACACGUGCAAAGCAUUUCCUAAUGGGGACAAGAGGAUAUGGCUACUAGUAGCUGUAGUCUCCACCUACGAGCAUUUCAGGACGCGCAACAUCAUCCGGCAGACUUGGGGCUCCGCCAUACAAGACAAUGCCCCAGGAAAUGUGUGCCUCGUAUUCUUUGUUGGGAAACAACAAAGCAAUUUUGCACACUGGAUACAAUUCCAAAAUGAAAUACACAAAUAUGCUGAUGUUACACAAAUCAAUAAGGAUGAUACAUAUCUAAAUCUUGUUCAUAAGAGUAUAGGUAUUUUGAAGUGGACCCAUUCCUUUGUACCAAGCGUGAAGUUCAUCCUAAAAAUUGAUGAUGACGUCGUGUUAAAUCUGCCAAACCUGUAUUAUAGAUUAUUAAUGCAUAGUUACCAAUCUAAAUUUAUCAUGGGAUAUGUCGGAAGAGGACAUAAACCACAAAGGAUGAAAACAAAGAAGAACUAUUUUCCAAAAGAUCACUAUUCCGGAAAUGUGAUCCCAAAUUACAUCUUUGGUCCUUCCUACGUAAUAUCCGGUGACCUUGUCCUUGACCUCUUGACCGUCAUACCCCGGAUUCCCUUGUUACGUAUAGAAGAUAUCUUUAUUACAGCCAUAUCUGCUUCGUAUACAGACGCUGUUCACAUUGGGAGAUGUGGUUUCCUCUAUCCUAAAAGCAAAAAUGUGGAUCAUUUUCGAUGGGGAACGUCGUUCGUCUCGUCACAUAGCUACCAACCAUCUGAGUUAGCAUCUAUCUGGAAUUAUUCCCGAAUACAAUCACAUCACCUGAGCUAUUCUGCCAUAUUUCUUCAGCAACUAUGAACCAGGAAUGGAAUUAGCAAUGAACAUCGAUUUUCAGAUACUAACGAAUCUUCGAGUCAUCAAUAUCACAGUACUAUUUCUGAAACCGUAUUUUGUCGUUGUUUGUUUUCUUCAGUAGUUGUUAUGAUGAUUUGAUGGUCUCAAGUGGGACAUCUGAGUUAUUUUCGUUUGUAAGUUUAACUUGUUUAAGAUGCAUUUAGUAGUUGGAGUACUAAAUAAGGACAGCAUAUAUGGAUGAACAACUUCUUGAUUGGGAGAAACGUUUCGGUGUAGGUACCGUUCUAAAAUGGUCACAACUUGUUUGAUAACGUUAUUAGAAAGGAAAGGGGCGGUGGGAUAGCCUAGUGGUUAAAGCGUUCGCUCGUCACGCCGAAGACCCGGGUUCGAUUCCCCUCGUAAGUUCAAUGUGUGAUGCUGAUGUCAGGUGUCCCCAGCAGUGACUUUGCUGGAAUAUUGCUAAAAGCUGGCUGCAUAAUACUGUACUUAUACACUCCCUCAUCUUCUACUAUUAGAAUACGGCCUUCGUGGUCUCGUGGCAGAGCGUCUGCCCAGGGAUCAGAAAGUCGUGGGUUCUAUCCCCAGGCGCGUCAUACCGAAAGACAUUAAAAGAUGGUGCUUGUUGUUAUAAUCCCUGGCGCUCGGCAUUUAUAGGCUAAAACACUCAUGUGAGAUUUCUUUAAUUAUGAUUAGUGUUUGGAAAAACUGGUGCUCCCACCUUUGUCUUCUCAAUAUAAAUGACAGGAAAUGCAUGUUUUAAAACUAAUUAGAUGUGUACUGAAUAGGCAUUUAUGUAAACUUAAUCAGAUGACAAUGUUUUUUACAGCAAUUGACCAGGAGAGAUCAAGACUGAGUUAGAUGCAUACCCCAAAAGAAAACUUCAUGUACAUUCAUGAAAUAGAAAUGUUUUAAUCAAACAGGGCUGCAGUAGAUUCUGGGAACGCCCAGAGUAUACCCCCGGGGGUAGAUUGUGGGAGCUCCAA